AGCGACAGCGAUAUUUCUUUGGGUUAAUUAGGAGGAAUUUGGGUUUCGUGGUUAUUUCAAAUCAAAAGAGCAAGGAUUCACUAUUUUUCAGUUUUCACACUACUUGCGCUUCUUUGCCAUUAAGGUUGGUCGAAGAUUCUAGAAGGUCUUUAAAGUUUCUGCUGCCAUCUCAACUCUUCAUCCUCUUCCUUCUACCCUAACACCGAACUUGAGCUUGACUUCACUGAAUCUCAGACGGAGACGCAGAGGCAGGGGCAGAAAGGGUAAAUCAAUAAACUGAAUUGAAGAUGGGAAGACCAAGGUGCUUUUUGGACAUUAGCAUUGGCGACGAGUUAGAAGGAAGAAUAGUGAUUGAACUCUUCGAUGACGUGGUUCCCAAAACCGCUGAGAAUUUUAGGGCUCUCUGCAUUGGCAACAAAGGCAUUGCUCCUAACACUCACGUCCCCCUUCAUUUCAAGGGUUCUUGCUUUCACCGUGUUAUUAAGGGCUUUAUGAUCCAAGGAGGUGAUAUAUCUGCUGGAGAUGGUACUGGAGGAGAGUCGAUUUAUGGACUGAAGUUUGAAGAUGAAAAUUUUGAGUUGAAGCAUGAAAGGAAAGGGAUGUUAUCCAUGGCGAAUUGUGGUCCCAAUACAAAUGGGUCUCAAUUUUUUAUCACAACUACCCGAACUCCUCAUCUAGACGGCAAACAUGUUGUAUUUGGGAAGGUAGUCAAAGGAAUGGGAGUAGUCCGCUCGGUUGAGCAUGUGACAACUGGAGAUAAUGAUUGUCCUACACUUGAUGUUAAAAUCGUGGAUUGUGGGGAAAUUCCUGAAGGAGAAGAUGAUGGAAUACUUGACUUUUUCAAGGAUGGUGAUACUUUCCCUGAUUGGCCAGCAGACCUUGACGAGAGACCUGAUGAGCUUCAGUGGUGGAUGAAUGCUGUAGACUCUAUUAAAACUUUUGGAAAUGGGUAUUACAAGAAACAAGACUAUAAAAUGGCUCAAAGAAAGUAUCGCAAGGCUUUGCGCUACUUGGAUGUUUGUUGGGAGAAAGAAGGGAUUGAUGGAGGUAUGCUAGCUUUUCCUACAAAUGAAUGAAUGGAUUGUAUAGCCUGUAAAUUAAAAUUAGGAGAUCUUAAAGGAGCAUUAUUCGAUGCUGAGUUUGCACUGCGUGAAGAGGACAACAAUGUCAAAGCAUUAUUCCGGCAAGGACAGGCACAUAUGGCACUCCAUGACAUAGAUGCUGCAGUUGAAAGCUUUAAAAAUGCACUGGUCUUAGAGCCAAAUGAUGCUGGGAUUAAGAAGGAACUUGCUGCUGCCAGGAAGAAGGUUGCUGAUAGGCGUGACCAGGAGAAAAAGGCAUAUAGCAAGAUGUUUCAAUAAGCAUUUCCCGUAGGCUAAGCAAGGCUCAACUUCAAGGGUGGAAAGCUGCAUGGAAUGCAAAAGAUACUAUCUUGAUCCCAUCGUUAUUAGAAGUACCAGAAAUUAAACUGAGGACUAACAAGUGGAUUAUGGAUUGUUACUAUUCUUAGAUGAAAUUUUCUGCUAACAAUUUUGCCUUGGUGAUUCUAUUUUUUGAAAAGCUCUGGGUCAUCAAAAUUCCCAAGUUCGGUUUUUGUACACUUCUCAUUUUAUGAUUUAAGAUAAUUACCGAGUUACUUAAAGAUCAUAUUAGGAAUUUAGUCUCUGAAAAAUGCA